ACCGCCCGCGGCCCCGAGGCUCCUGGACUGACUGGCGCUGUCCUGCCCCAUGGACGCCUCCUCUAGCCCAUGGAAUCCAACCCCGGCUCCUGUCAGCACUCCUUCCCUGCUGCUCCCCAUCCCCGCCAUCGUCUUCAUCGCUGUGGGCAUCUAUUUGUUGCUGCUGGGCCUAGUGCUGCUGACUAGGCACUGCCUGCUGGCCCAGGGCUGCUGCACAGACUGCAGCUCCCCCUGCAGGAAGCAAGGCACCUCCAGGCCCCAAGACUGUUGCUGGACCUGCGCAGAAGCCUGCGACUUCCCUCUGCCUAGCCCAGCCCACUACCUGGAUGUCUGCUGCCCCCAGCCUACCGAACCUGGUUGGGCCCCUCGCUGCCCUCGCUGCUGCCCACUCUGCGACUGUGCCUGUGCAUGCCAGCUUCCUGACUGCCAGAGCCUCAACUGUCUCUGCUUCGAGAUCAAGCUCCGAUGAGGACCCAGAGUCCCUGCCCUUUGGGGAGCGGCCAGCCCCCAGGGCCCACAUGCCCUCUUCCCUGAGGGGCCUCAGGACACUUUUCUCCAGGCCACUGGAACCACACAUGGCCUGGCCAGCUCACCAGCCUGGGAACCAGCAGUGGAGAGCCUGGCUCCCUGCAGGGCAGGACUCAGAGAGCCCUUGGCUGGCUGGACUGCAGCCCCUUUGGAGGGCCAGAAGAGAGAGGGGCUAGUGCUCUGGCAGAUGCCCCUGCCCCCCACUCCCCCUCCCCAAGUAA